AGUGGACUGACUCUUGAUGAUGCUGGUGGAGUGAGAGAGAAACGGGAGAAGAGGCGCUGAUAGAUCUCUUGACGCAAGAUGAGUCCCGCUACGUCAAAUUCUCUUUCCCGUCGAGAGUCCUGGACACUCCUGGUUCUCGCAGGGGCUUGCAUUGGCAUUCUGUUCAAUGCCUUCGGGGGUGAAGGAGCGCCUCUGGCAGCUUCCAUCGCCUUCAGCGGUAUUGCUUUUGCUGUAACAUUCAGCAUGAUCAGAUGGCUUGGGCCGGUGUUUGUAAAGGCAGGCCUGAGUGGGAAGGAUAUGGCAAAGCCCAAACGGCCUGUCAUACCGGAAACUAUGGGUGCUGUUUGCGCCGUGGUUUAUCUUUUGGUCCUGAUUUUCUUCAUCCCUUUCGCCUUCUAUCAGGAUAUCGUCGCAGCCACCUCAGGCGGAGGCAAUCGAGACGUUGUACUUGAAGUACACCAUGUUGAAACGGGUCGCACGCUGCACCGGUUUCCUCAUGAACGGCUCGCCUCCUAUCUCUCUGGUCUUCUAUCCCUUCAGUGUAUCGUCAUUCUUGGAAUUGGCGAUGACCUCCUCGAUAUUCGAUGGAGGCACAAAGUGCUUAUUCCAGCGUUUGGUGCGAUUCCCAUGUUGAUAGUCUACUUUGUGGAUUUUGGCGUCACCCAUGUCGUCGUUCCUGUGCCUUUGCAACGUUACUUAGGCUCCUUUGUUGAUCUCGGCUUUCUGUACUACGUGUACAUGGCCGCAGUGGCUAUCUUUUGCCCCAAUUCCAUCAACAUGCUAGCAGGAAUUAAUGGAGUGGAGGUUGCCCAGUCACUCGUGAUUGCGGUUUUAUUGAUGGUCAACGACAUAUUGUAUCUCAUCACCCCAUUUCGACACCCCGCUACUGACUCGCACUUAUUCUCGCUUUACUUCCUGCUGCCCUUUAUCGGAGUCUCGUUUGCUCUUCUAUGGCACAACUGGUAUCCGUCCAAAGUGUUUGUUGGGGAUACAUAUUGUUACUUUGCGGGCAUGGUUUUUGUUGUUGUCGGGAUACUGGGACAUUUCAGCAAAACCCUCAUGCUUCUCUUUAUCCCGCAGAUUUUCAACUUCCUAUAUUCGACCCCUCAGCUUUUCAACCUGAUCCCCUGCCCACGGCACCGACUACCUAAGUUCAGUGCCGAGUCUGGACUCUUGGACGCUUCUGUGACCGAAUGGGUAGUGGCCCCUUCACCCUUAAUUGCGGCUGCUUUGGAUCUCUUACAUUAUCUACGUCUUGCCCGUGUCCAUAAGAAUGACAAGGGCCAGAUUGUUGAGUCGACGAAUCUGACUAUUCUUAACCUGUGGCUAGUAUGGAUGGGUCCAAUGCGGGAGGAUCGGUUAGCGUUAAGCAUGGUGGUAGUCCAGACAGCGUGUGGGCUUUUUGGACUCUUUGUACGUCAUUGUUUAGCCUUACUCGUAUUCCAGGCAGAUAACCGAGCAUUUGGUGUUAUUUUGUAAAACCACAAAAAA